AUAUUUCCAACACACACUUCAAGAGCACCUCAACCUGCAGAACAAUCAUCUGACUGACCAUCAAAUACAACUCUCUAGUGGCUCCCAACGAAUUUGCUUUCCACAGAUGUCCCCGCGGUUGGUAGCGGAAAUGCAAACAUGGGGCAGAGUAUCAUUGACGUUCAAUUUCCAUUGGCAAUUUGGCGUUGCUCUGGUUUUGUUGUGCAGUGGCUAUGACGUUAUGUGGAAGUUAAGCACCAUUUCGUUCGUGUCUCACUCAGCUACUAGUGUGAGGGGGUGCGAAACUUUGAUCUACACUAGCCCCACGUUACAUAGCGAACGUAGGAAACUCCGAAGGCAUGGUUUAAUUUUCUUCGCUAUUUCGCACAACAGAAGCAUGCAAAGCUGCUUGCCGUGCUGUGAUUGAACAGCGCUCGGAAUUUGUAUCCGACGGGCAUGACUUCACCCAUAGCCUAGCCAUGUGCGUGGCGCAAUGUAUGGCAUAGUGAAACAUCGUUAGGGCCGCCUUGUAAACCUAUGAAAAGGUACGU